AAGUGGAGGCCACAGCUAGGCGCAGUAUUUUCAAUUUUGUUCUUUUUUUGGAACCGGGACGGAGUGCGGACACGCCGGCGGCGGAGCUGCGGGGGGAAAAGACUAGGGCAGCCGCAGCGGCGCGUCCCGUCCGUAUCGUUGUCUGAGUCAGUCAGUGUAUCGUGUCUGUGAGGCGCGGGGGAAGACAAGCUGAGACAGCGACACGAGCUGCAGCGUGGGGGCUCGAGACCCGGGGCAGCUGUCAUCAAUCAUUACACUUACCUGCUGCCCCUGUUGUGACAAUUCCCUGACCUUGUAACAUCCCUGCCCCAGCAUGAAUGAAGUCAGUGUUGUGAGAGAGGGCUGGCUCCACAAGAGAGGUGAGUACAUUAAGACAUGGAGGCCUCGAUACUUCAUUCUGAAGAGUGAUGGCUCCUUCAUUGGCUACAAAGAGAAACCGGAGACAUCUGACCUCAUUCAACCCCCCCUCAACAACUUUUCGGUGGCAGAAUGCCAGCUGAUGAAAACUGAGCGGCCUCGCCCCAACACUUUUGUCAUCCGCUGCCUGCAGUGGACCACAGUCAUUGAACGCACCUUUCACGUGGACAGGAGUGAGGAAAGGGAAGAAUGGAUGCAGGCCAUCCAAGCAGUGGCCAACAGCCUGAAGACACAGGAGGUAGAUGAGCCCAUGGAAAUCAAGUUUGGCUCUCCCAGUGACCCCAGUGGGAUGGAAGAGAUGGAGGUGUCCAUAUCUAAGUCCCGACCCAAAGUGACAAUGUGUGACUUUGACUACCUUAAGCUGCUUGGAAAGGGCACUUUUGGCAAGGUGAUCCUGGUUAGAGAGAAGGCAACAGGGAUGUACUACGCCAUGAAGAUUUUGCGCAAAGAUGUCAUCAUUGCAAAGGAUGAGGUAGCGCACACAGUGACUGAGAGCAGAGUUCUUCAAAACACAAGGCACCCUUUCCUAACAACACUUAAGUAUGCUUUUCAAACUCAUGACCGACUUUGUUUCGUGAUGGAGUAUGCCAACGGAGGAGAGCUAUUCUUCCACCUGUCACGAGAGCGGGUGUUCACAGAGGACCGAGCACGUUUUUAUGGUGCAGAGAUCGUAUCGGCACUUGAGUACCUACACUCACGGAAUGUCGUCUACAGGGACCUCAAAUUGGAGAAUCUCAUGCUUGACAAGGACGGCCACAUAAAAAUCACAGACUUUGGCCUUUGUAAAGAGGGCAUCACAGAUGAGGCCACCAUGAAAACCUUCUGUGGAACUCCAGAAUACUUGGCCCCAGAGGUACUGGAGGACAAUGAUUACGGACGGGCUGUGGACUGGUGGGGGCUAGGUGUGGUUAUGUAUGAGAUGAUGUGUGGCCGGCUGCCCUUCUACAACCAAGAUCACGAGCGCCUAUUUGAGCAGAUCCUAAUGGAAGACAUCCGCUUCCCACGUAACCUGUCCCCUGAAGCCCAAGCGCUGCUGGCUGGCCUGCUCAAGAAGGACCCAAAGCAGAGGCUUGGAGGCAGCCCUGAUGAUGCUAAGGAAGUGAUGAGACACAAGUUCUUCAUAUCCAUCAACUGGCAAGAUGUCCUGCAGAAGAAGCUGAUCCCGCCCUUCAAGCCCCAUGUGACGUCUGAAACAGACACACGUUACUUUGACGACGAGUUCACAGCACAAAGCAUCACAGUUACACCCCCAGAUAAAUAUGGCAACCUGGACUGUGAAGAAUCAGACCAGCGCACCCACUUUCCCCAGUUCUCCUAUUCCGCCAGCAUACGGGAGUGACAUUCUCUCUCACACGCACGCACACGCAAGGUGGGGGAGCCAGAAACAUAACUACCCCCAUCUCCCACAUGCAUCGACUCUCACCAGCAGUGACUCUAAAUAAAUGGGAAAGAAGCGGUUAACGCACAGCGCCUCAGAAGCCGUGGACAGUAGCGAGUGGAGAGCCAGUCCGCUCCAGGCCCAACGCUACAUAGCAACGGCGCAUCACCUCGCCAACAGCACAUGGCCAAUGCCAGUCAGUGGCAGUGGGUGAGCCAGCAUGCACCAGCCAAUACUCCCAGAGAAUGCAGCUGCAAAAUCCCACCUUGAAGCAUUUCUUUUUUUUUUUUUUUUUUUAAAGAACUCACCAAAAAAUGCAGGGGGGGGAAACA